UCAUCAAAACAGUUAGACUAGGCGGAGGAAGAAGCAGCAGCAGCCCGUCAGUGGAUGUGACACGCUUACAGAUCCGUAGAAAACAAGCCCGCAGGCAGCAGGGAACCAGGGAACCAUGAUCCGGCUCCAGCAGAGCGUUUAGUGUGCUCGAUUCAACCGGACAGCGGACUUUUUUGCGUUAUUUCUCCCUUCCCCGAGUCCUUGGAGGCAGCAGCACCACCAUGGUGAAGCAGUCGGACCGAGCCCCGCUGCUGGACUGGGAGGAGAUCCCACCACCGUAUCCGAACCAAGCGGCCCCGCCGCCGCCACCGCCACCGCCGCCGCCGCCUCCGCCGCCGAGGGAGGAGGACGCAGCGGCGGAGAAAAGUUGGCAGCCAGCUGGGCGGCGUACCGCGGCUGGUACUGGGUGGAGCACCGACAGUAGCACCGCGGCCACCACCAUCACCUGCAGCCCGACGACGAAGAGUGUAACAGCUGUUGUUGUUGCCAGCAGGAACGGAAGCCCGGGCCGUCCGCGGACAGAGCUCUCCGGGCACAGGUGGGAUCGGCCGGAGCCUCUCAUCGGUACGGACCGUAAUGUUCCCUUCCCCGGCCUCUCGGCGAGGGACCAGUGGGAGGAAAAAGACCAGAUCGUGGCUGUGUUUGUGGUUACCUUUGAUACAAGAUCAGGGAAUAUGGUAGAGUGGUGCCUGCCUCACGACAUCAACCUAGACGGAGUUGAAUUCAAGUCAAUUGCCAGCGGUUCCCAUCGGAUCGCCAACGACUUUAUAUAUUUCCGUAAAGGCUGUUACUUUGGGCUGGCUUGUUUCGCUAACCUGCCUGUGGAGAGUGAACUGGAGCGAGGAGCCAGGAUGAAGUCUGUGGGAAUUCUGUCUCCCUCCUACACUCUGCUUUACCGCUACAUGCACUUCUUGGAGAACCAAGUCAGACACCAGUUAAAGUGUCCGGGCCAGUACUCUCCCCUGGAGGCCUUCUAUGAGGAUAAGAAGGCCAUCCUCCCCCCGACAGGAAAUGGCCUGGUCACUGCUUGCCCAACCUGGAGUGUGACCACCAUCAACCGCUGCAUGCACCCAGAAAUGAAGAUCACCCACCCAGCUGGCUGCAUGUCCCAGUUCAUCCAGUUUUUCGGGGAGCACAUAAUGGUGCUGUGGAAGUUUGCGUUGCUGAGGAAACGGAUCCUCAUCUUCUCCCCUCCGCCUGUAGGUGUGGUCUGCUACAGGGUGUAUUGCUGUUGCUGCCUGGCCAAUGUCUCUUUACCUGGAAUCGGUGUCUCUGUGCCUGAAUUACGGCCCUUUUUCUACAUCAACAUAGCCGACAUCGCUGCCCUGGAAAAAGAGUUGUCAUUCGUGGCCUGCACCACAGAGAAGAUUUUUGAGGAGAAAAAGGAGCUGUACGACGUCUACAUUGAUAACCAGAAUGUGAAAACGCACAGAAGCCAUUUGCAGCCGCUGCUCCGACUGAAUGCAGCGGAUAAGGAGAAGUACAGGAAACUGAGUGAACAGAGGCAAAUGUUGCUGUACUCUCAGGAGGUGGAUGGAGACUGCACGUCAAAUGAAGAGGAUCUUUUCAUUCUGUUCUUCAUGGAGCUAAAUAACCGCAUCUUCCAGACCCUGUCAGAUGUAGCAGGGAGCACUGACCCCACCCUCACCACCGAACACGUGAGGGCCAUGGGGCUGGAUCCCCAGGGUGAUCGCUCCUUCUUGGUCGACCUGCUGGAGGUUUACGGUAUUGACGUCACGCUGGUCGUAGACAACCUCUGCUGCCCCUGAGCCCCCUGAAAACCCCGGAACGCCACUGGAUAUUUGUGCCUUCAAGGCCCACACACACACACACACAUACACACACACCAAGACACCAAAGACACUGCCUCCACCCUGGGACCUCCAUCUGUCGCCCAAUGUCCCCACCUGGGUGUCUGUUUUCCCUCUGCGCGCGUCUCUCAUCUGACCUGUGGAGACUUGUUUCCAAACAGUGCGGAUGAUGAGGACACUUAACGUUUGGUGCACUGGUCCGCAGUGGCUGUUAAACACCCGCCUAGCCGACAGCACUGCUUGGCAGCUGCGUGGUCUUAUAGCCACCCACAUCGUAUGUCCCUCACUUAUGUUUUUUUAUUUUUUUUUGUCAGAAAUAAGCGUUUGCUUGUGUGCCGUUGUUUGACUUUGAUUCUGGCUUUAAGCGGCCAGGGCUGAAGCACAGGAUAAAAAUACUGAAGUCUUGGUCAAGUACGGUCAUCACAGCAGGAUUAAUGGUCGUUCUCCACUGCACCCAUCACAGUGAAGACGUCAUUGAAGCAUUCACAAUCCUGCAGCUUUGGUGUGCACGUAUGUACGGUUUGUCUGACGAAAAGAAAAUAU